CGACGGUCAAAGUGCUGUUUCUAGUUGUUGUCGUUGUUGUUGGGACGUUUUGCGGUGCUGUGGUGUUCCAAUAUCCAUUCAAUGCAGAUUUGGCAAAUUUAAUUACUGCAUCCGUGGGGAUGAGACUUCCUGGAGCAAUGUGGCUCGAGGAACACCAGCUAUGCUCUCAGCUUAAAGCAAAAAGACCUGAAAAAUGGGUCGAGGGCCUUUUCCUUCGUUGUAGAUUGGAGAAAAAGUACAACAACAUGGCUAUCCUAGCGGUUCAAGUGGACCUUUCCAUAAUCGCCAGGCAGUAUAGACUGUUCCCAACAGAUGUUCUGUCAUGGCACUUAAACGACGAGCUAAACGCACAUGGACGAACUUGCGCAACUAUUGUUGAUAUACCAGGUCGACGGCUGUUUAAAAACGAUCAACAAUUUUGGAUAACUGGGCCUGCGUCACCGGAUCUUUGUGAAAUUGUUAAAUCUCUUAAAGUUCCCGGGAUUUGGAUUGAGGAAUGCGCAGGGGACUUGUAUGAUGAACUGAUGUUUCAACAUGAAAGGUUGAAGACGUACGGUUUGCUGAUGAAUGAAACGGCACGCAAGGAAUCGGUCAUGGAAGUCGUAUAUACCCUAAAUAGAGGGCAAGAUCGGUGUACUUACAACGGCUUUCUCACGGCCCAAUACGAAUAACCGAUGAGCACAUAUGUUUCGCAAUUUGCUUCUUCCCAGUGUACCUUUCGGCAAUGUUGAGCUUUCUCGAUUUUCUUGGAUAAAAAGACGCACAUCGGGAAGUGUUGUUUCAUAUUUGUAACGUAAUGUGACGGAGUUUAUCACAAAAGCCAUUUGCGUUUAAAUCACUGAUCUGUUGUACAUCAAAUUAGCGCCUACUUUCAGUGCA